AUGAGUUAUUUUGACAAAUGGGGUUAUGAUGAUAUCAGAACUAAAGAAUUAGAUGAUCUCUGUGAGAUUAAACAUUAAGGAAUACAAUCAUUUUAAGAUAUUGCAUUAGUAAAACAAUAGUAAAUAUUAUUAAUAUAAUCUAAGAUUAGAAUUAAUGAAGUUCUAAUCUUUAUAAUUAAGAGAAUAAGUGUAAGUUAAAAGAGAAAAUUUAUAAUAAAUUAAAGAAUUAACAAAAAAUUUGGAAGUGCUUUUGGAUGAAGAAUCUUAAGAUAUUGAAAAAAAAAUUGAAGUGGAAAGGAAAACAAAUAAUGAACUAAAUCAAUAUAAUAUCAAAAAAUAAUAGAUUCCUCAUUUAGAAGAUUUAUAAUAAUAUAUUAUUCCAUUAAAUGAGAGAACAUAGUUAUAUUAGCAAAUAUAAAAUAAAAGAAAAGAAUUGUUUGGUGAUAAUUAUACAUUAAUGCCACCUUAAGUAAUUAUAAUAAAAUUAUAUUAUUUUAGACAUUUAAGGAUGCUUUAAAGGAGAAUUAUGAUUUGAAAUAAUAAUUGCAUGAAUUAAAAAUGAAAAUUAAGUAAUGA